AUCCGUUGGGUGGGGGAGGAAAAUGGGGUGGGCAAUAGCUCUCCACGGCGGCGCCGGGGACAUCCCACUCACCUUGCCGCCGGACCGCCGCCACCCGCGCGAGGAAGCCCUCCGCCACUGCCUCAGUGUAGGCGUUGAAGCUCUCAAAGCCCACAAACCUCCGUUGGAUGUUGUUGAACUUGUGGUUCGAGAGCUCGAAAACAAUCCACAUUUCAAUGCAGGUAGGGGCUCUGUCCUAACAACCAAUGGCACCGUUGAAAUGGAAGCAAGCAUCAUGGAUAGUACGAAGAGAUGCGGAGCCGUUUCUGGGCUGACCACUGUUGUUAAUGCCAUAUCUUUAGCAAGACUUGUAAUGGAGAAGACUCCUCAUAUAUAUCUGGGAUUUGAUGGAGCCGAGGCUUUUGCAAGGGAACAAGGAGUGGAGACCACUGAUUCAAGCCACUUUAUCACCCCAGAGAACAUUGAAAGGCUAAAACAAGCUAAAGAGGCAAACAGAGUGCAGAUUGAUUAUACACAACCAAUUCCACAAGCCCCAGCAGAAGAAACUGAGAUUCCGAACGGUGACAGUCAACUUGGAACUGUUGGAUGUGUGGCUGUUGAUAACCAUGGGAAUUUAGCUGCUGCAACUUCAACCGGGGGAUUAGUGAACAAAAUGGUCGGUAGGAUCGGCGACACUCCGGUAAUAGGGGCCGGGACGUAUGCUAACAAUCUCUGUGCAGUUUCUGCAACCGGCAAAGGCGAAGCCAUCAUACGCGGUACUGUGGCAAGGGAUGUGGCAGCUCUGAUGGAGUUCAAGGGUCUAUCUCUCAAAGAAGCAGCAGCCUAUGCUGUUGAAACUGUUCCUAGAGGCAAUGUCGGCCUGGUCGCCGUAUCCGCCUCCGGUGAAGUCACCAUGCCUUUCAAUACGACUGGAAUGUUUCGAGCUUGUGCGACCGAAGAUGGUUAUUCGGAGAUUGCAAUAUGGCCUUCCAAACAUGACUGAAUGAACAAUGUUACUGCAAAGCCAGUGCUGCAAGUUUUUGUUCUUCUUUCAGUCAUCAAAAAAAAUCUCUGUAACCUGAAACUUUGAUGUCUGCUGUGUUUAAAUGGAUUUGGUGUCUCUCUGUAUCUCUGUUGUUCUUUCUUAAUAAUAAGAGUAAGCUUCCAACUGACA